GGCAGAGAGGGAGCGGAGUUUUAAUACAACGAAAGGGAGGUCGGAGAGAAAAGGCAUCGAAGUUGGUGUGUUGUUUUAUGCCAAGAAGAACCCGUGGAUUUAAACCAAAAGGGAUGGAUUUGACGACAUUUCACUUUUGUUACUUUCUAUUAGUAGUCACCGCAGGCUCUAGCCAUGGCCUGGAGAUCAUCUCAGCGGGCUCCACGACCGUGGAGAAGGCCAGUGGAGAGAGCGUGAAACUGGACUGCCAGUUCUCACUAGCCCCCGAGGACUCUGGCUCUCUGGACAUCGAGUGGAGCCUCCAGCCCUCUGACACCCAGGAUGAAGAGAAAGUGGUCAUCCUCUACUCUGGCGACCGGGCCUACGAGAACUACUACGCUCCUCUAAAGGACCGCGUCCACUUCUUCUCCUCUGACCCCAAGAACGGCGAUGCCUCCAUCAACUUGCUGUCGCUCAAGUCUGCUGACACGGGGACGUACCAGUGCAAGGUGAAGAAGGUCCCGGGCAUCCGCAGCAGGAAGGUGGUGCUGAGAGUGAUGGUCGCUCCCUCUAAGCCGCGCUGCUAUGCUGAGGGGCCCACACAGGUGGGCAAGGAUGUGGUGCUUCGCUGCGAGUCCAGCGAGGGCACCAACCCUAUCGCCUACGCCUGGGAGAGGAUCACCGGCUCCAAGCUGCUGCCCGCCUCCGCAGUUCUGGACCCUGUUAGCGGGUCCAUCAACAUACGCAAUGCGAGUGAGGGUUCUUCCGGAACGUACCGCUGCAUGGCCAAGAACCGCGUGGGCAUGCAGGAGUGUGUCAUGGACCUGGGCAUCACCCCUCCUCCCAACACGGCGGGCAUCAUAGCGGCGGCGGUCAUCUGCGUGCUCCUAGCCCUCAUCAUCAUCGCCAUCAUCCUCUUCUGCUGCUGCCGUGCUCGCAACCGCAAGAAGUACGAGAAGGAGAUCUCCUACGAGAUCAGAGAGGACGUGCCCCCUCCCAAGAGCCGCGUGUCGACGGCGCGCAGCUUCACCAGCGUGGGCAGCCAGCGCUCCUCGCUGGGCUCCAUGUCGCCCUCCAACCUGCAUGAGUACUCCAAGCCGCAGUACGACAAAAUCCCCUCGGACGAGUUCGAGCGGCCCCCCAGCCACGCGCCCCUGCCUCCCCCCGGCAAGCCGGCCGGCCCUAACCUCAGCCGCAUGGGCGCCAUCCCCGUCAUGAUCCCAGCCCAGAACAGGGACGGCUCCAUCGUGUAGUGCGCUCCCCCCCCCCCAGACUCGUCACCGUAGCAACAACAGGUCUCUCCAUGUAACUGCGUGUGUGUGUGUGACUGUGUGUUUGUGUGAUUGUGAUAAAAAACCCACUACGCACUCAAACACCUGGACAAAUGGAAGACAAACUGAAGAUGGCAAAUGAGACCGGUGAAAAAAACUAAUUGACCUUCUGAACUUUUACUGAGCAGAAAAACAUGAGUGAAUGACAUGAUAUCUAGUCUGCAAGGUGAGUAUGGGUUCACCAGUUUUUAUUGUUGUAAAUAGCCCAGUGCAA